AUGGGUUCGUCUGUGGAAGAUCCCUACAAGCGACAUAUUCGGCCAUUGCAUCUACAUAAGAAAUGGAGUUUGAUGAUGCAGCGUCUAUCCCAGCGCGGUAGGGAUCUAAACGUUCUCACUUGCGGUCCAGGAGGGUCGGGGAAAUCAACAUUCAACAGAUACCUGCUCAAUCACCUACUCAGUCUUCAACCAGAGAAAGACAAUAACAAGGCGCAACACGGCGAUGGCGUCCUAUUCCUUGAUCUGGAUCCCGGGCAACCAGAGUAUUCACCGAUAGGUCAUGUCUAUCUAGCGCAUAUCCGAUCGCCUACACUAGGACCGCCUCUGUCGCACCCAGUAUUAUGCCCAGAAGACGGCUCAAUCAUCCGAGCACAUCAUAUCGGCAGUAGCUCUCCCAAGGACGACUCGAAACACUAUGUUCAAUGCACUAUGAACCUUCUACGGUACUACUAUACAAGUAUGCAUGAAACUUACUCGCAGUGUCCGCUAAUCAUCAACUACCCCGGCUGGAUCUUUGGGCAAGGCCUGGAGAUUCUAACCGGAUUUCUGGAGGCGCUUAGGCUGUCUGAUGUAGUAUAUAUGAGCGAAACUGGGCCGGAAGAAGUGGCUGGGCCCCUGAAGUCUGUGGCAAGUCAAUUUCACAUCCCGUUCUGGACGCUGCCCUCACAGCCAACAGAACAUGCGACGCGCUCGCGUGGCCAGCUACGCCAGAUGCAGAUGCUAUCUUACUUUCACAUGCAAGAGAGUCGACAUCCGACCAAUGCAUUCUUGUGUGAGCAGCGAAGUUCGACUAGCGUGCACUGGUCUGCGACUCCUCUGUGCCAUACGCGCGCGGUGAAAGUGAACUAUUCGGGCAGCAGCCAAGGCAUCCUUGGUGUGAUGAUAGCUGGCUUCCCUUAUGAUAAGGAGCAUAUACUCGAUCUAUUGGAUGGGGCCAUAGUGGCCGUCGUGGCAAUUGAACAUGCCGACGCCAUCAAACCGGUUCCCGAUGACGUCGAGCCCAUUGAUAUGCUCUUCCGUGCAGAAGAGGAUAGUAGAUCCGAAGACGCGGCUGAAGAAGAAGACGAAGGUGAUACAGAAGAAGCAACAUCACCAACAGCAGCAGCAGCAGCAGCAGCAGCAGCAGCAGCGACAAAACGACAGGCCAUAGCCGAGAGGCUACAGCCACAUCUACACCGCACCAAGGAAGGCAUCCCUUAUCUGUUCAGCGGCAACGGAACAUGCGCGCAUCUGAACCCGCAGCACUCACACUCGCUUGGUCUAGCCCUGGUCCGGGGCAUCGACACCUCUAGCCAGGCUUUGGAGCUUAUCAUGCCCAUAAGAUCUGCGGCUGUGCGCGAUGCGUUGGAGCGAGGACAUCAAAUCGUGCUUGUGCGAGGCCAUCUCGAUAACCCUGACUGGGCCUUGACGGAGGAAUACUUUGCCGCUAAGUGGGCGCACAAACACCUUUCUGCACAGCUGCAGAAGAUGCAGAGCGAGGGGAGGAGCCGAGAGGAGCGACAGAUCUAUCAGGAACGGCUGAAGCAGAGGCUGUACAGGGCAGUGCGGGUGCCGUGGGUACAGCCUGAGAAGACGAAGAACGGGAAUCUGGGGAAGAACCAGAAGACGAGGGACAUCUGGAAGCUGAGAAGAGACGACGAGGACGAGGACUCGUCCGGAAGCGAGCGGGAGUGGUGA